GUCUCCGAGCGCGCAGAUCCGUGAGGGGAUUCAUAAACGCUCUUUGAAUCUCAUCCGUGAAAAUAGUUUACGUCGUGCCCUCCACUUUACAGCAUCGCCACAUCUUUAAGCUGUCAGUAUGUAAACGGAGAAAACACCCACUUGUGUAAUUGAUCCAGUAUUGCCAGUGUGGACUAUUAUUGACUUUGGUUCUUUUUUGAUUAACCAUGUCCACACAAGAGACAGAAUUAUCCAGUAGUCAGGAGAAGGUGGGUUUGAAAAGAAAACUGACGGGUCCCCCGAGACUUUUGCUGGGGAAGUCAAAAUCAAUGGAGAAACUGGAAGGUAGAUCUCAGAGAAGGCAAAGACAUGCUAAAAGUUGUGAUGGCACAGCAGAGAAUAAUUAUCAAGGUAAUGAUGGAAAUCAGUCCUCACUUGUUACCCACCACAGCCCUCAAAAACCCUCAGAGGAGAAGGAAUCCCGAUCAGCUGCUCCAGAAGAUACCUCAGGAAUUCUUGUAACAUUGGAGCAGAGUGAAAGCAAAGAUGAAAAUAUGGAAAGUAAAACAAAAAUAACCAGAAGCACUUCAAAAUCAUCCAUUAAAAGGACGUUUUCCUCACUCCUAAGAUGUGGAAAGAUGAAGGAAUCAGAUAGAACUGAAAACGAGACUUUGAAUCCUCAAAAAACAAAGAAGAACAGAAACAAAGCUAAACACAAUAAGUGUAACUCCAUGGAUGAGAAUAAACUGAGUGCAAACAAGGAAGUUCCUAAUGGGAAAAGUAAAACUAGGGCCUUCUUCUCAGUGUGGCCCAUUUCUAAGAUAUCUACCACAUCCAAAGUAAAUCUACAUGUAGGAAGGGGAUGCAGAGAGCAAGACAAUAGCAUGGUUUUUCACGAGAUAACGGCACCAAAAGGUUUGACAUUUAAAAAGAUCUACCAAAUCUUUCCAAGAAGAAAGAAAGCAUCUCCUAUUGAUCAGUUUGAGUGUAAUGCUUCCAGUGCGUCACACACAGAAGUAGCCGAUCAACUGAAUCAAUCACCUGCGGCUGCUUUGGACAUUUCCAGUGUCACAAAAGAAGAGAACCGAAAGAAAGAACAAAACAUAAAAGGUAAAAGCGUUCCAGAGACAUUUUCAUUCAGUGCAGAAGUAAGCGUUAACAGAAACAUCGAUGCUGGCCACUCGGAUGUGAAGGAAACACGUCCUGACCAAGAUGUUAGUUUUAAUGAGGAUGAAAAGCAGGUGUUAAAAUCUAGUGUUUUGGAUUCUGAGGUUCCUCCAUUGUGUUGCAGUGGCCGUAAUUUCGACUCUGAGUUUGCAGGCACAUCAUCAGUUGGUGAACUGCUAGUCUUAAUUGAGAAGCCUAGUAAAACUUGUGUCAAAUGCAGGCCAGUGAUUACUAUAGAGCAUGCAUGCUCAUCGGAGGAAGAGAACAUGAAUGAGGCACCAUAUUUUGAUGGUCUUACCAUGAAUGGGUCCUGGCAACAUUUAAGAAUAAACAACACACUACAUCCUUCUGAAGUAAAUGUGUCUCCUGAACUGGACCACAGCCGGUGUAAUGAGCCCUUACUGAUUCAGACGGCAGUUUCUAUGGUGCAAGCAGCCAUUCGUGGUGCUGUGGAGCAACUCACAAUCGAGCAGCAGCAUAAUCAGAUAAGUUUGGACCAUGCGUAAACACACAUUCAUAUUCUUUAUUCGGCAAAUGGUUUCAUGUUUCUGUCAGAUGCUAUAAAUAAAGCUGUGUAUAACCUGAAAAAAAGAGAAGAUGAUUUUCACAUGAUUAAAUGUCAGGUGACAUUUCAGGCUGUUUAAACAUUGGGAAUGUUUGUUAUGAUAAUUGUAAUAACUGGUGUCAGAUUGUGGAAAAGUUUGUAAUUUUAUGUAAUUUUAAUGCUUUAAAUUUGUACUUGCAUGAUUAACCUCAUAUUGUCAUUAAUGUUACCUUCUAUUGUUCUUAUUUUUUAUACUGCGAUAUUAUUUCCCAUGUUAUUGCAGUCUAGUUUCUAUAGCAAUGAAUAUCCCACACAUGACUCUGAGAAGGCACUGAGCCACAUGCUAAUGAUUUGUUGUGUAAAACUCCUUUCCAUUCCGUCAACAUUAAGGGCAACGUUUUUAUGAAAAUAAGUGGUCUGAGAACCCAGGUGUGCACAUUGGAUGUUCUUUUCAUAUUUAAAUGAGGUCCUGACUGAAGCCUACAGUGAAAUUGUUAGAUGUUAUGUAGACUGUAGACUAUAGACUGUAUACUGUACAUAACAAGCUUGGGAGAAACGCUUAAAGAUGAUUACUCAGAGUUGGCAGGAGAGAUAAUGUUUACUUUUGUGACUACAUGCUACUCUCUUGUGGCAAUAAGAUGUUACUACAAGAUAGUCAGUUACAGGAUAGUUUAGCCAAAACGUAAAUUGUGUCAUAAUUUAUUCACCCCAAUGUUAUUGCAAACCUGUAUGAAUUUAUUCUUUCGGCAAACCACAAAAGAGCAUCAUCUGAAGAAUGUUACUGUCCAUACAAUGAAAGUCAGUCGGGACCAAAACAACAAUGAACCCCACUGACUUUCAUUGUAUAGACCAGAAACAUUAAACAUUGUUCAAAAUAUCAUGUUUGCUUUCUAAGCUGUAUAAAAUCAUACAACAGGUUUGGAAUGAUGUGAGGGUGAGUAAAUGAUGACA